AUGGCGGAUAAUUUAUUUAACGAAGAAUCAGAAGAGACGGAAUCAGAAUCACCAGAAUUGGCGGUAUUGCCGGGUUUGCCAGAAUUGGCAGCAUUGCCGGAAUUGCCAGAAUUACCAGUAUUGCCAGAAUUGCCGGAAUUGCCGGUGGUUCCGGACUUAGUGGAAUUACCGGAAUUAGUAACAGAAGAACUACCGCCGCCGCCACCUCCGCCGCCAGUGCCAACAGUCAACAAUACUGGGCACUUCAUUAUACGUUAUUUAACACAUCCGCCCGAGAUCACCAUCCGGCCGAGAAACCUGCAAGUCCGCGCCAGUGGCAUCGCUGCCUUCUACUGCGCUGCUAGAGGCGACCCCAUACCUAAUAUACAGUGGAGAAAAAACGGGAAACGAGUCUCUAGUAUGCAAACCCGAUACCAAGUAUCACCAAUGGACACGGCAGCCGGCCCAGACGCGCACGGUGCGGUACUUCGCAUUGAGCCAGUACGCGCGCAGCGAGACGACGCGACUUACGAGUGCGUUGCUGAGAAUGGAGUAGGAGACGCAGUCACUGCUGUCGCUACCUUAAUGGUCUUUGAAGCUGACAAAGCGCCUCCCGGAUUCCCCAACAUCGCGCCACCACCGACAACCAUGGUUGUGGAAGUCGGUCAUACUGCCACCCUACCCUGCCAGGCAACUGGCAACCCUUCGCCUAAAGUUAGAUGGCUUUGGAACUCGCUGCCGCUGGACGUGGCUUCGAACCCAAGAUACGCACUACUGAAUGACAAAAUGCAUGGUACCUUACAGAUUGUGAAGAGUGAAGAAGAAGAUCAGGGCAAGUUUGAGUGCGUAGCGGAGAACUCUAUCGGUACUGAAUUCUCUAAGCCCACUGUGCUGUAUGUCAAAGUGAGACGCGUUGCCCCUCAAUUCUCAAUACCGCCGCCCCCAAAGUCGGAGGUGAUGCUGGGCGGGAACCUUACUCUCAAGUGUGUCGCCUUCGGAUCGCCGAUGCCAACUGUCAAAUGGAGGAAAGGAUUAACAAAAUGGCUGACACCCGAAGAUAACCCGCCACUCGGCCUGAAUACUCUCAAGCUAGAAGAUAUACGGGAGUCUGCCAAUUACACCUGCGAGGCGACUAGCGCUCUUGGAGUCAUCGAGGCCGUUGCAGAAGUUAAAGUACAGUCAUUACCUGGCCCGCCUACGGAAGUAAGACCAUCAGAAAUCACCGCGACUACUGUCCGGCUGACGUGGACUUACAAUGGACUUGAGGAGCCUCAGUACUACGUCAUACAGUACAAGCCCAAAUACGCUAAUCAGGCAUUCAGCGAGAUCUCCGGAGUGAUUACUCAGUACUACUCAGUGACAAAUCUAUCACCCUACACGGAGUAUGAAAUGUAUGUCAUCGCUGUAAAUAACAUUGGGCGAGGGCCGCCUUCAGCACCAGCCGUCAUCACCACUGGAGAAACCGGGGAUUCAUAUGGAGGUGCCAAACCGGGGUCAGCUCCACGCAACGUUCAAGUUCGGCCUCUCAGCUCUAGCACUAUGGUCAUACAGUGGGACGAGCCAGAGACACCUAACGGCCAAGUUACGGGCUACAAAAUCUUUUACACCACGGAUCCAUCGCAACCCUUGCAAUCCUGGCAUUCUCAAAUGAUGGAUAACAGUCACCUAACAACGAUCAGUGAACUGACCCCUCAUACGGUUUACACAAUACGCGUCCAGGCGUUCACCUCCGUGGGUCCGGGACCUAUUUCUGCUCCGGUACAGGUUAAAACACAGCAAGGUGUUCCAUCACAACCAUCGAACUUAGUCGCGGUGGAAGCCGGCGAGACUUCAGUCACAUUGUCGUGGAGAAGACCAGCUCACGCUGGAGACAACAUCGUGUCUUACGAACUCUACUGGAACGAUACGUAUGCCAAGGAACACCAUAGGAAGCGGAUUCCAAUAACUGAAACAUACACUCUGAACGGGCUGUACCCCAACACGUUGUACUACAUCUGGCUGGCAGCAAGAUCACAGAGGGGUGAGGGUGCGACAACUCCACCUAUUGCCGUUCGAACAAAACAAUAUGGCGCGCCGCCCAUGAACGUGAGCGCCGCGGCCGUGUCGCCCACGGCGGUGCGCGUGUCGUGGCAGCCGCCGCCCGCCGAGCGCGCGCACGGCAGGAUCGCUUACUACAAGCUGCUUUGUGUGGAAUCUGGGAGGGGGGACAGUGAGGCCACCGUCGUCAAACUCAAUCAGACCUCGUUCGUGUUGGACGAACUGCGUCGCUGGACCGAGUACCGCAUCUGGGUUCUCGCGGGCACGAGCGUGGGCGACGGACCCGCCUCGUAUCCCGUCACCGUGCGAACGCAUGAAGACGUCCCUGGCGAGCCCCAAGACGUGAAGAUCGUUGCCAUUAACUCAACUUCGAUCCACGUGACGUGGAAGCCACCGCAAGAGAAAGAGAAAAACGGUAUUAUAAGAGGCUACCAUGUUCAUGUGCAAGAAAUCAGGGAAGAAGGUAAAGGCUUGCUAAACGACCCGAUGCGAUUUAACGUGUUAGACGAUACAACUCUCGAACUUAACGUUUCGGGGCUCCAACCGGAUACGCGAUACAACGUUCAAGUGGCUGCUCUGACGAGAAAGGGGGACGGUGACCGAAGUGCGCCGGUGUCUGUAAAGACGCCUGGCGGUGUGCCAAACAGGCCUACCGUCAACCUAAAGGUUCUGGAAAAAGAUCCAGUUGUAUCGAUAGAAUUAGAAUGGACGAAACCGUCUCAAACAUAUGGGGAAUUGCUCGGAUAUCGCUUGAGAUACGGUGUCAAAGAUCAACCUCUAGAGGAAAUAAAUUUCCCCGGUACCAAAGUCCAUAGUUAUAAAAUGAAUGAUCUAGAAAGAGGCGUCCAAUAUGAAUUUAGGAUAGCAGGGAAAAACCACAUUGGUAUAGGUCAAGAAACUAUAAAAUACUGGCUAACACCAGAAGGUGCCCCGAAAGGACCACCGACGAACGUCACUUAUCAUUUCCAGACGCCAGACAUUAUUAGUAUUACUUGGGAUGCUCCCAUCCGUGCCGACCGAAGUGGCCAGAUAAAAAAAUACGACGUUCAGUUUUACAAAAAGGGAGAUCAAGCUUCUGUCGUAGAGAAAACUAUUGAAGUAACUAAAGCAGUAUUUACUGGCUUAGAAGAAGACGCCCACUAUGUGUUCAAAGUCCGUGCAUACACUGACCAAGGUUCUGGUCCAUACAGUAAAGACGUUACAGCUCAUACUGAAAGGGACAUCGGUAGAGCGCCCAUGUCAGUUAAAGCUGUAGCAACUUCAGAAUCCAGUGUAGAAGUUUGGUGGGAAACGUUUCGCUCGAGAAAGAAAAUCAUUGGUUAUGUCAUAUUUUAUACUAUGACACCAGUUGAGGAUCUAGAUGAAUGGCAACAAAAGAGUGUUCAUGUAACGCACUCUGCAGAUUUAGAAAAUUUGGAAAAAUUUGCAGAAUAUGCUGUUGCUGUUGCUGCAAAGACAGCAGAUGGCCUAGGAAGGUUAUCAGAUAAAGUUACUGUUAAGGUCCGACCUGAAGAAGUGCCUUUACACCUUAGGGCUCAAGAUGUAUCCACUCACUCCAUGACGUUAUCAUGGUCUCCUCCAUUACGCUUAAACCCCGUUAGCUAUAAGAUUUCCUAUAAUGCUAUUAAAGAAUUUGUUGACUCUCUUGGAAUGACACAAACACAAGAAAUACCAAGAAAGGAAAUCAUCGUAAAACAGGAUAGAACGUCACAUUCCAUAAAUGACCUAUCCCCGUUUACAACGUAUAAUGUUAAUGUAAGUGCUAUACCUAAUGACGAUUCGUAUAGACCGCCAACGAAGAUCACUGUCACCACGCAGAUGGCAGCACCUAAACCGAUGGUUAAACCCGAUUUUUAUGGUGUUGUUGAAAACGAAAUACUUGUCAUUCUACCUCAAGCCUCGGAAGAAUAUGGACCCAUAUCGCAUUAUUAUCUAGUUGUAGUGCCUGAUGAUAAAGCCCAUAAUCAUAAGAAUCCGGAUCAGUUCCUAACAGAUGAUUUAAUAAAAAAUAAUGUUCGAACAGAUGAUGAAAAUGCACCAUAUAUUGCUGCCAAAUUCUUGCAACGAAACAUAUUAUACACAUUUCAUCUUGGUAAUGAUGAAAUGUAUGAAGGUUUCCUAAACAGAAAGUUAAAUCUGAACAAAAAAUAUCGUGUUUUUGUGCGAGCAGUUGUCGAUACUCCUCAAAAACAUCUUUAUACCUCUAGUCCAUUUUCGGAAAAUCUGUCACUCGACAUGCGUGUGGCACCUCCUGGGGAAGAACCAAGCAGACCUGACCCUAAAGAUAUUCAUGGAGAUCCUGAAAUCAGGAUCGAAGACAACAGAAAAGAAGCUGGGAUGGUAUGGGUUGUCGGCCCAAUUAUUGCAGCUUUAAUGCUUUCACUAUGUUUGGUUGUUAUGUUUAUUUUCAAGAGACGACGACAACCUUGCAAAGCUCCAGAUCAGGCAGCUGUUACGAGACCUUUAAUGUCAGCUGAUGUAGGCUUUGGAGCACCAUCCGAUCCAGUAGAAAUGAGACGAUUGAACUUCCAAACGCCUGCCAUGAUUUCCCACCCACCCAUUCCUAUUCUUGAACUUGCCGAACAUAUCGAAAGACUGAAAGCUAAUGACAAUCUAAAAUUUUCUCAAGAAUAUGAAAGUAUAGAACCAGGUCAGCAAUUUACCUGGGAUCAUUCUAAUAUGGAGGUCAAUAAGCCGAAGAACCGUUAUGCCAACGUUAUUGCUUAUGAUCAUAGCCGAGUAAUACUGCAACCAAUAGACGGAAUUCUAGGAAGUGAUUACAUUAACGCUAACUAUUGCGAUGGAUAUCGAAAACAUAACGCUUACGUUGCCACGCAAGGACCUCUUCAGGAAACUCUGGCAGAUUUUUGGCGAAUGUGCUGGGAACUACGUACUUCCACUAUUGUGAUGAUGACAAAGCUUGAAGAAAGAACAAGAAUCAAAUGUGACCAAUACUGGCCAAGCAGAGGAACUGAAACAUAUGGUAUGAUGAAUGUAACGAUAUCCGAGGUGCAAGAACUGGCGACUUAUUGCAUUCGAACCUUUCAAGUUGAAAGGAACGGAAACAACAGUGAAAGACGUGAAAUCAAACAAUUGCAAUUUACCGCUUGGCCUGAUCAUGGUGUACCAGAUCACCCUGCACCAUUCCUUCAAUUCUUACGACGUGUAAGAGCCUUAAACCCACCUGAAGCUGGCCCGUUAGUGGUCCACUGCUCAGCUGGUGUUGGUCGCACUGGAUGCUUUAUUGUCAUUGAUUCGAUGCUUGAGAGGGCGCGCCAUGAGCGAACUGUAGAUAUCUACGGCCACGUGACCUGCUUGCGAGCUCAACGAAAUUACAUGGUUCAGACAGAAGAUCAAUACAUUUUCAUUCAUGAUGCCUUGCUUGAAGCUGUUAUUUGCGGCGACACUGAAGUACCCGCUCGCAAUUUACAUGCUCACAUUCAAAAACUAAUGCGUGUUGAUCCUAUUGAGAACAUUACUGGCAUGGAAUUAGAAUUUAAAAAGUUGGCUAAUAUGAAAGCUGACUCCAGUCGAUUUGUGUCUGCUAGCCUGCCUUGCAAUAAACACAAGAACAGACUUGUUCAUAUUUUGCCUUAUGAAUCUUCUCGCGUAUGUUUGACUCCUCGUGAUGGUUCAGACUACAUAAAUGCGUCGUUCGUAGAUGGUUAUAGAUAUAGAUCAGCUUAUAUCGCGACUCAAGGACCUUUGCCAGAUACAACUGAUGAUUUCUGGCGAAUGCUUUGGGAACACAACUCCACUAUCAUCGUGAUGCUGACCAAAUUAAAGGAAAUGGGUCGAGAAAAAUGUCAUCAGUACUGGCCAUCGGACCGUUCAGUGCGCUACCAAUGCUUUGUGGUUGACCCCAUUGCCGAGUAUAAUAUGCCUCAGUAUAUCUUGAGGGAAUUCAAGGUUACGGAUGCUCGCGACGGGUCAUCCAGAACGGUUCGCCAGUUCCAAUUUACCGACUGGCCCGAGCAAGGUGUCCCAAAGAGCGGAGAAGGAUUCAUCGACUUCUUAGGACAAGUCCAUAAAACUAAGGAGCAAUUUGGACAGGAUGGACCUAUUACUGUCCAUUGCAGCGCGGGAGUCGGUCGCACGGGCGUGUUUAUAACCCUAUCAACGGUGUUGGAGCGCAUGCAGUACGAGGGUGUGGUGGACGUGUUCCAGACUGUUCGCACGCUGCGCACGCAACGCCCUGCUAUGGUACAAACUGAGGACCAGUACGAAUUCUGCUACCGCGCAGCGCUGGAGUACCUGGGCUCUUUCGACCACUACGCCAACUGA